GCAGCCAGGAAUUCCCAAAGUUCCCAAGUUCAGGGGAAGAGAGGAGCUGUUGUUCAUACGAAGAAAACAAAACGUUUUGAAGGGAAAACAAGGAGCGACUGAAGUAUUAACAAGUGGGAAUUUCAUUCAGCUGAAUCUGCACCGUGCUGUGCCAAGUGGAGCCUGAAGAGGGCGAUGUCUGACAACAGCCACAGCACAGGCAGCAGCAGCGGCUCCUCCACCAACAGCUGGACCCUCCUAUCCCCCGAGGAAGCUGCUGUUGAGAAUGUCGGGCCAGUGGAUGACGGCACAGAGAGCCUGGGUGAUGCCCCGAGUCUCUCUGAAGACGUGACAGGAGCUGCUGUGGAGUUCAAACCAAGUGACACUUCAAUAGAAACAGUUCUGUCUGAAGAAGGCCAUCAGGUGUGUCAGGAGACCUCUCCAGAGUCAGGUGAGGUUCCCAUCCCUUCCAGUCCGUCACGAUUGAGUCCUCUACCUCCGAACUCUCUUGACCCCUCAGACCUGGACCUGGAGAGUCAGCCUCCAGUCAUCCAUGACAUGGUCACCAGCUCCCCCGGUGACAACGAGCCCCUCGGAGCCACACCCUUUGUCACCACCAUGGAUUUGGGCGCCCCCCUCGAUCUUCCUGCAGCCGAACUCUUAACAGAGGAGCUUCUUGAGGAGUCGUGCUCUGCUCCUUCCCCGACCGAGAUCCCCGAGGUCUCUGCAGAACGCGUGCUCGACGCGGCCCCUGAUAUCACGCUGAUUCCCGCGAGCCCCGUCGAGGAGAGUCCUGUUUUCGUCGCGGAACCCGAGGUCAGCAUCCCCACUGUGACCCUCACAGCAUCUGAUGCCCCCUCUCAUGUCGAAGCUGAUGUCAGCACCGGUCCAGAGAGCAUGGAGCCGGAGAGCCACGUCCCACAGAGCCCCCCGAUGCCAGAGAUCCCCAUCACUCUUAGUCCUGCACCAGAGACUGUUGGUGCAGUGGAGGAGGAGAAGGAGGAGGAGGAGGAGGAGGAGGAGGAGGCUGUGGAAGAGGCAGAGAUAGAUCCUGUAGAGACGUUGACCCAGGGCAGGCGAGAGGAAGAUGAAGAAGAAGGAGAAGAGCCUUCCAGUAGUUUGGAUUUGGGCGACACGAGCGGCUUCGACGACGGACUGAGGAGGAGGAACGUUCCCUCCUUCGAGGCACUGAGGCCGAGAACAUCGGAUGAGGAAGACGAGGAAGAGGAGGUGGAGUUCAAGCUGGCCGAGAGGAAGGAGGAGAAGCCGUGGUGCUCCUUGAACAAAUGCAUUGUGGGAGCUCUGAUAUUGCUCUUCCUAGGGUCUCUCUUUCUCUCAGGUUUCCUCUCUGACCUGGAUAAUGGUGACUUUGACGGGUCAGAUGAAGAACAAAGCCAGGACUGGCUUAGCAGUGAUCCACAGGAUAUGAAAGAGCUAUUGAAUAAGCUGACACAGGAAAACCAACAAAUCGCUCAGCUAGAGGCGCAACUACAGUCCCAGAAAGAAGAACUUGACUCGGCUCUGAAGACAGUGGCAGCAAGCGACAGCAAAGAGGUUAAAGCGGGUCUGGAAAAGGAAAACACAAGGCUGAAGGAGGAGCUGUCGUCUCUGCCCGAGCUGAAGAAAGAGCUGGAGAGUCUGAGGUCCAGAGUGACAGAGCUGAACCAACUCACAGCUGAUCAGGUGGUAUCAGCAGUGGAAUCAGGCUCAACCCCUCAACCAGCAGACAAAGAUGAACACAGUGAGCAGGAGGCAGCUGGUCCAGAGAAGAAGAGGGAAACGAGUUCUGGAGGAAGGCUGAAGGAAGAACUGCAGCGUCAGAAAGUCCUUCUGGAGGAGAGCAGGAAGAGACUGCAAGGAAUGAAAAAAGACGGAGGCGACAGGAAACGAGUGAGGGACAGUUUGGAGGAGAUCCAGAAGAAGCUGUCUGAACAGGUGGAGAGGUGGGGGAAGAAGAAGCCGCAGGAGGCCAAAUGGAAAGGGAACAAGGGCAAAACGAACGAGAGGGACCACUUGAAGAGAGACGAGAAGAAGGAGUGGAGAGGAGAGAAGGACAGGAAGCACGGCAAGGAUGGAGGAUGGAGGGAGAAGGAGGAGAAGAAGGAGAAGGAGUGGAGGUCUGAGAAGCAAAACUCUCACAAGGAGGCGUGGAGGAAACACCAGGACGAGUGGGAGAGGAAGAAGUGGGAGAGGAGGACGGACCGAGAGGAGAGGAGGAAGGAGAAACCGUGGCAUGGCAAGCAUGAGAAGAACUCCCACAACCACAACCAUCAGCAUCAGCAUCAGACGCCCCGCCAGCCCCAUCAGCACAACCAGAUCCACUUCUGGAAGGACCAGGAGAAGAAGCUGAAACGCAACAUCCUCCCCCAAAUGGGCCGCCUCUCCUCCGAGGAGUCUGCUGCCAGGGAGGGGCUCUACCCGGUGGAGCUGCCCGAGUUUGAGGAGCUGCUGGAGGGCUACCUGAGCAAGCUUGAGGGGUCCGCUCCAGAGAGCAAGGACAAGCUCAGGAAGCUGACCGCCGAGUUCUUCGAGGGCGGCGUUUUCAUCCACGAGAGGGUCCUUUUCAGUGACUUCGCCGAGGACGUGGCCGACAUCCUGGAGGACAUGGUGGACGUUUUUGAGAACGGCGGGGGGAAGGACGGCGACGACGACGACUCCCUGGAGGAGGCGAUGGAGGAGUUUGAGCGGGAAGCGCUGUGGAAGUUUGCAGCCACAGCUUAAACAGACAGAAAAAAGGUGGAGGGGGGGAGGAGUUAAAAAAAUAACAACACUGAGAGCAGCACAAGUGGUGGUUUUUAGGACAUUUCUUGCCUACAUUCUCCUCCUCAGAGCUGUAAUUGUAGUAGCUUCAGGUGCAGAGUGCCUCUCAUAAAACGUGUUCCCCUCUGAGUCUUUAAUUAUAAGCUAGACUUGUUCUUGUCAUUUUUUGGACUUUAGUUUGUGUUACCUACCUCUGUCCGCUCAUGCCUCCUCCUCAUGAAAAGCCCCUCAGUGAUGUGUCGUGUGGAUUUCACUCUGCUGUAAAGUGUCUUCUCGAUAACUAGUGCAUGUUGCAGCUCAUAAUGUUAAUUCAGUAAUAUUCAUAUCGCACAAAGAUCAGUGGACUUAAUGGGGGACGGUACUGCUGAGCAAGCAAUGCAAUGGUUAAAAGUAUUCAUGUAGUGAAAGAAAGACAUGUUUAACGGACUGUUAAAUACUUUUCUGCAUGCUUGGCCCUCUCUGCAGAAGCGACUUGCCACUUCUCGGAGCAGGCUCAAACAAAAUGCAGAUCCUUUUUUUUGCCUCGAGUCGGUUGGUAACUGUCCAAUCCGAGGGGAAGAGAUCCUGGUUCUUUAAGCGAUGAGAAUCAGAUCAGGUUGGACCAGUUUUUUUUUUUUUUUCUGUGUGUGUGUGUGUGUCAGCAGCUCCUUUAAUACAGUAGAUUUGGGAAACCACACACACAGAGUGCUGUUUGAGAGCCCCGGGCAUUUGGUUUUGUAGAUUUGACAGACAGAGGGGAAAAACCAGGAACCGGUUUGGGGGAUGUCAGUGCUGCUCCAACGGAAAAAAAAAAAAAAGAAAAGAAGCGAUGGGACAAAGUGAUUGCCAUAGCUAAAUGUAUGACCGCUACGCCACUGCAGCACUUUUCUCAAACAUUCACAUUAACAACUGAGCUUUUUCUUUCUCUUUACACUUUUUACUAUUUUGAGACCAUUAGUUCUCGUUUUCGGGACCUCUUACUCUUACUCUUUUCCGGCACUUGGGUAUUAGAGCUUUCAAGUAGAGUUAAGUGAUCCUUAUUUAUACCCAAAGAGUUUCAUUUCAUUCAUUUGCUUAUUAGCCCGAAGGGAUAUUUGCAAUGAACACGUUUUUUUUCAUCUAGUUAUUUUUUAACAGCUUUUUAUUAACUGGCAUGCAAACAGGUGAUAUGUCACCUGAAAAAAUAGGAAGCUGCUUUUUUUUUCUUUCUUUUUUUUUAAGUUUGAUUCUUUCCCGUGAAAGAACCAGACAAAUAGUGAAAUGCAGACCAGAGCAAAGUGGAUUCAGUAUUGCAGAACUGCUUCUUAGAGUUUGGUACUUUAAGACAAAAAAAUAGUUUGAUUGUUUUUUUUUCUUUAUUGUUUGAUUCUAAUUGUGAAGUUUUCCCUCUUUCGGUGGAUGUGAAGCUGAAAUUGACAGAUUGUGAAUGUUGGUUCUCAUUUUUCAGUAGUUAAAGCUCCUGUGAGGAUUUUUUAUAUUCUUAUCGAACAGACUUAAACUAAUAUUCAUCCUUCUUUAUGAACUCUAAAAGUGAAUAAAACCAUCAGUAUAAAGUUUUUUCCUUUAUAAAUAUUUUUAAUGUCUGAAACUGCUGCUACAGGGGAAGGUGUCAGAUGAGGCGUUACACAGCAUGCUGCAAAAGUUGACUUUUUCUUGCAAAGAUUCUUGAUGAGUGAGCGUCUGUGUCCACUAAUGCUGUUUUUUGUUUUUUUUUGCUCGCGCAGCACCCACUUUCUAUUCAAAACAAUAGAAGUGCUCCGCAUCCUUGGCGUUAGAAAAUCAAGUUUUAUUUGUUGCUGCGCUCUCAGUUGGAAAUAGUUAAACUUUUGGAAUACUGCAGCGCUCGUCAAUGUCAGUUUUCCUCAACGACCAAUCACAAUCAGGAAGGGGCGGGGCUUCUGAUAUCAAAUAUGUCAACCGCAAUGCAGAGGGUAAACAUAUCCGUUUACAAGAGUACAGUUUCAACAUGUACGUUUUCUUUGUUGGAGUUCCCUUUAAUAAAAGCAAAUAUUAAGCAUAGAUCCAUUUACUACCGUGGAGGUGCAGUGAGAUGACUUUCGUAACCUAGCAACAGUAAGCGCCCAUGAAAAGUGCUUUGAGAUUGAGGUUGUGCACUGCCAGUGGGAAAAAAAAGCUGUUAAUGGACACAGGCCCAAAUACAUUCACUAUUAAAUACAAAGCUGGGUGUGAUUUUUUUUUUUUUUUUUUUAAACCACAUGACCCAUGUUCAGGUCAAAAUGUAGCAAAGAGAUAGGUGGUACCAGUUUGUCCACAGGGGGCGCCAAAAUCCACAAAACACUAGAGUUCCUCACAGGAGUUUUGAAAGAAACUUUGAAGUGUUUCAUGUUUAUUUAUUCUGUCUGUAAACUGUAACUCUUUUUCUCAUUAUGUAAGGAGAAGAAGCGCAGACAGUGCGACAGGCCGUACACAUUGAAUGUGUGAACAUUUUCAGAAUUUUAGUUUGCCAGAUGCUGCUCAUGUGCCUUUAUUAAUGUAGACGUGUUAGACUUAACAAGAGGUCUUAGAUCAUUAUUUGCUUCUGCAACUUGACAAAGUUAGUUUACACUUCUGGAAAUGUUCUGCUGUUUAUAGAGCAGGGAGUGAAUGUCGUCGAGUUUACACAGAAAGUGGUGAACAGACCUUUGUUCAAAGGAGUGGUUGGGUAAGUGUCUAGACCAAAGGAAUCUGAAGAGAGAGCUUCAUUUGAACAUUACAUAUUAGUAAGAGUUUGAUUAAAAAUUGGAGAAGUAUUUUUGUCUUUGUGGGAGAACAGCCGGGUUCUGUGCUUAGAGAGAAAGCAGCAGCUGGCUCAGACGUGCAUGUGAUUGAUCCCUGGAGAAAAAGUUCUGAGGAAAUUGGAUCAAAUUUGGAUCAUUUUUAUUUUUGUUUCAUCAUCAGUUCUGUCCUGUUGUAGGAAGUCAUUGUUAAGUUCAAUAAAAAAGUUCACCAUUG